AUGUCAACAGAGUGGGAAGUAAUUGUCUUCGAUAAGGAAGGUACUGACAGAUCACUGGUUAGGCCUGCACAUGUUGCUGCUAUUCCAGAGGCUGUUAAUAAGGGAAUUGUCAACUCUGCUGGAGCAAUCUAUACGGACGCUUCGAAGUCUAAAUUUGCAGGUAGUGCUUUCCACAUAAUUGCUGACUCAAAGGAAGAAAUCAUCGAGUUUUUAAAGCAAGAUGUGUAUUAUAAAGAAGGAAUCUGGGACAUCAAUAGCGUGAUUGCUUAUCCACUUGGUGUUGCAGUUAGGUUACCUAAAAAGAUGGAUGGUGUGAACAAAUUUUAA